AUGCUCUACAACACUGAAAUUUCACCUACAACAGGGGUGUCAAACCGGUACCAGAAAGCCAAGCAGGAGCACACCACACUCCACCCAUACACGGCCCAAUAUCCAUAUAAGCUCACAAAACAGCAGUGGACAACAAAGAAUUACAGCAACCCGGGAAAGAAGAUUAUUGUUGGGAAUGCGUGUUGGAUACUGCGUGAGCCCACAACGCCGCUACGGUCUGCCCGGGCAGGAGGCGGGGCUGCAGAGGGCGGGGGGAGGAGCCAGCAGAGGCGCAGACCAGAGCUCAGCGGGGGGGACUGCAGAUCUGGGACCCUGAAGCUAGCUCACCCAUCUCUCACCUUUACCAAACAGGGAAAAGAAAAGGGUCCCCUCAUCAUGACUGUAGCUCUAUAA